GCUUUGGCAAGUAGGGAAGUUUGGUCCCUUUGGUGCUGUGUUCAUGGCCCCGCGCUGACAAGAUGAACUUUGACUCAGCUUCUGCAAAUGCUUUGGAGAAUGCUCUCAGCUGGCACGGUGUUUGUAGCGUCGGGUCAUGAGGAGGUGUGCAAAGCCCAAGACACGCUGUCCUUCCUGGAGAACCUGCAAGACAUGGGACAGGCCUUGUGCUGAUAUGGCUCAGCUCUAUGCAUAGCAUCGAGCUUGGCAACUGUCUUUGGUGCAGCAGAUGUUGGGCUAGCUCAGUUGGUCCAUGUGCUAGAUGAAGGUAGAUGAACUAGUGGCUGCAUGGAGAACUCGGCUGCAGCGUUGCGCAGAUGCGCCGUGCGGCAAUGCUUUGCUGGAGGUGCGAACUGCGCUUCGCCUGCACUCAGCUUCGACGCUCACCAAAGCUUCCUUACCCGAUGCUGCUAGCAUCUUCCAGACAGCUUGGGUUAACCCUUCAUUUUGGCCGGGUUUUAUGGUGCAUCGCUGCAAAUGUUUAAGCUUCAGAGCCUGGGUGGUGCCGCUCCAGGGUGCUGCUGCCAGAUGUUUGUGCACUUUGGAGCCUGCUCGUGCUGCUGCAGGAUGCCGCUGCAGGGUGCCGCUGUAAGGGUACUGACGUGGGAAUCCUUGUUGCUCGUGUCUUUUGCUUUUGGGGGGGUGCCUUGUUUCCUUGCACACAUGUACUUUAUAUAUUUUGUUUCUUGUCGUUUCACACUUCCUUUGCAAGAAAAUAAUCAAGGUGACAAGUUGCCUCUCUACAGGGCUCCCACUUGCGUCCUGUCGAGCUGGUGCGACAUGUGUGUGAACCUUUGGGACUAGUAGCGAUGCCCUUUGCUCCUAGAGCUUCUUGUUCCUAGUAGUACGGCCAGGAGCCCCUAGCAGCGUCCUUGCUGCUAGUAGCGAUGCCAGGCCUCGUCAGAGAGAGUGACCCAGCUUUUCACGCUCAGUUGUUCGGAUUUGUGUUUUGCCACCAGGUGGGCGAGAGCCGGACGCUACUAGGAACAAGUGCAUCGCUACUAGUAACAAGUGCC